AAUUGAGGGAAAUCUUUGACCCUAGGACAAAAUCUUCUCCCAGGAAAUUACAAGUCCAUGCACUCCCGGCUCAGCUCAGCGUGACCUGAAUUUCACCACGCCACGCCCAACAACAUACCAUAUCCGUAAAAGUGACCGUAUUGCAAUAUUUGACGUUCCUGCACGAGACCAAUUGUCCUGGUUCCCCAGCUCUCGAGUCCGUCUUGGCCACUGCUACAGCUACAGUUACCGUUGCCGCAUACUUAGGUAGCUGUAGCUCCCUGUACCUCAUUAAAGGCGCCGUCACCUCAAUUGACACCAUCGCCUGCACAACAUCAACGAACGUCCACGACUUAGCAAAACAAAGUUUACCUGGAUCUGAUUCAACGCAAACCUAACUUAAUCCCAACCUCGAACCCCUCCUUUUCAUCCCGUCUCCAAGCAGAGAGCAGCUCUAGCGAUAAGGAUUCCAUCGUGGCCAAGUAGCUUUGGAAGCGCUCAACGCUGCAGGGGUACCUAAAGCUACUAUCAACUUAUCACUGUAACGGCCCCAGUUUUCCUCACCCGCCGCCAAAGCUUUGAGCAGAGCCAAGUGGAUGAAGUCCCGCGGUGAUUAACAAGGUCAGUUCAUCUCAAGGAAGUAGAACUCCUUUCCAUUUAGGAAGAGAGAUAUAAGGGGAAGCGGAUUGAUUCCGAAAGCGAGUCCAAACGCAAAUGGUCGAGAGAAGAACAGAAGACGACACAGCGAGACGAGUUCAGACGGAAGGAGUCACAGAGACGGGACAAACGAGAGACAGGAAGGACCCGCUCCGAUCCCCGGUUCCCAAUCUCUGGUGCUAGCACCUGCACUUGUGCUAGGCUAGUCCUUGAAGCUAGUGGCAGUCACGCCCUCCAAGUGCGGUGCCCCUCGGAGCGCAAAAAGACCCAAGACAUCAGAUUAGGAGGCUAAAAUAAUCAGGGAGCCUGUCUUUGCUUCUCACAGUUCAGAGGUCAAAGGCCUUACCUUCCAUGCUACUGCUGCUGUGCUGUGCUGGACCCACGAACGAUCAACCACCCAAAUCUUGGCUGUUCACGUCGAUCUUGACUCCUUUGACUCCUCCUCUUCUUUCUUUUCUGUUCUUCUCUUUCUCUUGUUCUCGCUCUGUUUGAGCGGCACUGUCGACACAUUCACCCUCCCUCCUCUGAACGACGAUUCGAAUCGCCUCUCAUGUUCGCGUUAUAGAAGAGCCUUUGGCCCAUUUCUCCUCAUCCUUCCGCCGUUCUCCUCGUCCUUAUAAACAAACCCCUUGGACUCCUUCGACUCGAUCAACGCUCCCUCAACCAGCAUCGCCAAGCCCAUUCCUUAGCACCGUGCUCCUUGACGCAUUCGCAUUCCCCCAGAGUUUACCUUGCGCCAAGGUACGUUCCUAAGGCCUUCAAGAUCUCAUAAUUGCAUUGCCUCUGAAUAUCAAUACUCGUCACCCCACCUGGAUUUCGGAAUACAGCUACUUAGCCAAUUCCCAUUUUCGUACUCAUCUCAUUUGCAGCAGGCUGACAGCCAAUUCAACAGUCUUGCGAUCUAAAUAAACGACGAUUACUCGACUUUCCCCCUCCUUCAAAUUCGCUAGACCUUAAUCUGGUUCUAAGCGACUCCGACGACCCGACAGCGCGGAGCCAUGAACACGCCCCACGCCCCCCGAACUGCGACGGCCCUGCCCCUCGACGACAACUCUCAAGACACAGGAAACAACUCUUUUAGAGGUCGUGAUACCUCCCUUCGCUCAACUUCUCGUCCCAUACCAGUUCCUGCACAUACACCUUCUCGUGCUGGGGCCUCCCUUACACCAACUUCCCGUCGGCACGACCACGCCUACGCUACACUGUCCACCAGUCCCUUGUCGUCCUUCACGCUUCCUGAUGUCUCUGUUACAACGCCGCCGCUUGCCCAUUUCCGUGCGGAUACAAUAGCACCGACUUCCAUACAAGAGGGCGAACUCCCGCCACCACAAUCCAAUACCCUGUCCAUUGGAUCACCGGCUAUUCCAAGACGCUCCGUCAGUCCUGUGGGAUCCUUGCGUAUCUCAACUGACUUUGCUGCACGUCCCGUAACCCCAGACCGCCGCGAAUCAUUUAACAACAGCAACGGGAAUGGCAGUGGUUCAUCCCGUGGCUCGUUGACGUUGAACCACAGGGCUUCGUCCAACAGCCUUCAUCCCAUCUCCCGGACACCAAGUCUUAAAGCUGCCUUGACUAACAGUCUUGGUUCUGCCAGCGGCACAAGCAGUUUGGUGCCUAGUCCUAUUAUUUCUGCUAUGGGGGAUAUGACGCCUCUUCCAAGCCCGCUCAUGUCGGGUGAUUCCCCAGGACCCUGGAAGAGGCUGAGCGCAGGUUCUGCGUCACCUCCCCAACAGCGCCUCAAAAGCGUAGGAGAGGGCUCUGUUCUGGUUACGAGUACAGGUGAAUCGAUUGAUGCAGCACUUUCCAAUGGUGCUAAACGUAAAAUUUAUUCAACCCUCGAGCCUGGCGACCAUGUUCAUACACAAUCGCCUUCUAAUCAGCAGCCACGACAGCAUACGCGAAACCGAAGUGUGAGCGAAUACGUUCCUGAUCCUAUGGGUAUUCCUAAGAGACAAAUAUCCGUUUCAGCACGACCCAACGCCGAGGCUUCAGCACGGUCCCAUGAACCCCAGCUUCGAAGAGAGCUUAACCUUGCAGAAUCGCGAGGACUUACACCUUCGGUGGUUCAGCCACCAACUCCUCCACCCAGCGAGUCUUCGCGAGACUCUGCUGAUGGCGCCAGUAAGCCCCAAGGACCCCGAUUCGAAUAUUUCGAAGCAAAUGGACGUAAUGAUAAGAAGCGUCGCCGAUGGAGGGCCGUGCGAAUGCUUGGUCAAGGAACCUUCAGUAGGGUCAUGCUGGCUACAAGCCAGAUUGAACCCGACGAAGACUCUCCCGAAGUUGACCAUGGAAGACUAACACCAAAACCGGAACAGAGCCUUGACCGUAAGACUUUGGUUGCCGUCAAGGUCUGCGAGCAUGGUCCAAAGGGCGGCGCGAGUGAGGAACGUGUUGAGAUGAGUCUAAAACGUGAACUUGAAAUCAUGCUUUCCAUCCACCAUCCCUCGCUUGUCGACCUAAAAGCUUGGAGCAUUGAGCCUACUCGGGCCAUUCUUGUCUUGAGCUAUUGCCCUGGAGGUGAUAUGUUUGAUAUCGCGACCACUCAUCGUGGUGUGCUCAAGGAGCCUCUAUUACGAAGGAUAUUUGCUGAACUGGUUGGUGCUGUGAGCUAUCUCCACGAAAGGAGAAUUGUUCAUCGAGAUAUCAAACUCGAGAAUGUCCUCGUCAACCUCACCCCUUCUGAGCUUGCAGACCCAUCGAUCGACUGGGCUACCUACCCUUACUCGGUGGUAAUUCUGAGUGAUCUGGGCCUUUCAAGACGCAUCGCCGAUGAUGAGAAACUGGAAACUCGAUGUGGAUCAGAAGACUAUGCAGCCCCUGAGGUCAUCAUGGGACAACCUUACGAUGGACGAGCUACCGAUGCUUGGUCACUCGGUGUUCUUUUGUAUGCUCUUCUUGAGGCUCGACUUCCCUUCGAUCCGCACCCAGGUAUGAGUGAAGCGCAUCGCAUGCGCAGUCGCACUAGCCACCGUAUCGCGAGAGUUGAAUGGAAAUGGGUAGAAUACUACGGUGAUGACACCGACCACGAUGGCGACGAAGCCAAGUUCAAGCAAAAGGGUCUCCUCGGUGCUAUGGAGAUCACAGAAGGGUUGCUAAGGCGAGCCAGGGGUCGUUGGACCGUCGAUAAGGUGGCCAAGACCCCCUGGGUUCAGGGCGCCAUCAAUGUCGAAGGCGGAAUACGUUUCCGCGAAGAGAAGGACGGCGAGGAAGUUUCCUGACAUUCACUUGUGCGACUCUAAAGUCACUGAAAGUAUCCUGACUUCUUUCAACUUGGACCAGAGGUCUGUUCUCAAAUAUUGCCCACAACCAACUCGAUGAUUUUUGAAAUCAUCGGUUGCGCUGCUGCCAACACGCCGGCGGCUCCCUUACAACUACAUUACAAUCAAUUGCGCGCCCCUUCUACGAAUCUUUAUACGACUACAUGACGGGACAAAGGGGCACAUGGGUAACGGAUUGAUCAAAUCAGGAAGAAUGACGGAAGGUGUUGUUUCAUGGGUAUUAGUAUGAUGCGGUUCGGUUGUGUAUUUCUAGCAUUUGUUUGUGUUUUGGCAAUUUUUUUUUUUUGGCUGUCUUGGGUUCGGUUCAGUCUAUCUUGACAUCCUUUCUUGUUUUAUUCUUCGAUUACCCCCACUUUGUUUCUUCGUUUUUAUAUUAAACCAUACCACUCGUAGGCUUUCAGGAGUAGAAAAAGGUUAUACCAAAAUGGAUAGAAAGGUGUUUUUAUACUCUAUUAUGUUCUUGUGCCUUGUGUGAAAAGCGACC